AUGUCCUUUGGAGUACCGUUGUCACAGCUGAUCGUCAAUGCACCGAAGCCUAUAUCCACUGGUUUAACAGCGUUAGACAAUGAGUUAGAUGGAGGGUUUAGAUACAAGUCAAGCUACGAGAUAUAUGGCAUUCCUGGGAUAGGAAAGACAUGGCUUGCGAGUGAGACGGUCAAGACAUAUUUACAAGAGAAUGAUGACGGUAAAGUUCUAUGGAUAACUACUAGCGGUGUUGCGCCACAGAUGUUGCUGCGAAGUGAAGCUGAAGUGAAGGAAAGGAUAGAAUAUAUCCGGAUAACGAAGUUCACGGAACUUUUGUAUUUCUAUCAAAAGCAGGUGAUGUCGGAGCCAGACUCAAUUUCGCAAAGCCAAUCACCAGCUGAGAGCGCCAUGCCGAGCACGGGUACAGAGGCAAUUACCAACGAUACCAAUAGCAAUGACAGCUAUCGACUAGUUAUAAUAGAUGGUUUGUCAAGGUUACUGAAUCUGCAAUUGCACAGCUUGAGCAAGAAGAACUGCACUACGUUGCACGACACCAAGUGUCGAUAUCUGAUUAUCCUAAUGACAUUGAUCACAAAAUACAACAACAAGAACAAUGCGUGCCAUGUCAUACUGAAUGACUCGAUGAAUACCACGUAUGUACCUGAGAACAAUGGCGGUGCCGAGGACGAACUUGAGAUGGUUGAAGAUGGGUUCAACUUCUUUGUCAAGUCACACAACUACCUGUAUGAGAACAACAAACGUCGCCGAGUGUACGCCCCAAAUGUCAUUAGAAGUGCGUUGGUGGCGAACAAUGCCCUAGGUAACCGUGAUAGCAGGUGGGAGAUAUUUAUUAAACGUCGAAUAGGUAUAUUUUGGGAAUGGGAAGAUAAAGUUACUCGAAAUCUAGACACUGAGUGCAGCAAAAAGGCAACGGGAAACGGCAGAUGUAGAGUUGCUCUAGUACACAAGGACCGGCAAAAAUCCAGCCAGAGCCUCAACUUCUCAGUUGUACCGUUCGAUAUAGAUCUAGAUUGA